AUAUUUUAUUAGUAAUUACUUAUAUUUUUAUUACUACUGUUAUAUAACAUGUUUACGUUUUGUAGAUAGUAGACAAUUAUGAUUAUUGUAAUUAUAGUUACGUUUAAUCUUAUUUUAUUAUAUAAAUGAUAAAUGUAGGUAUAUAUGUACAUAUCGAAUUAUCUAUGGUAGUACAUUCAAAUCGCCAUUGUAUAAUCAUUAAAUUAUAUAGCGUAUACAACACUCAAAGCAAAAAUGCAUCUGGCUAAAAUAUAGUGAAGAUGAUGUGGUACAUGUGGUAUUUUUCUGUGCAGAAAAAGUCUGCUAAAAGAAAGCUCAUUCUAAGUCAAUUCAUUUUUCCACAUAAAGCGUGCACUUGCACUUCCCCAUUUCGCCACACACUGUCGCUGUGACUCAAUUCUACGCACUGUCAUGCUGCGUGACGUCAUCGGUCAACAUUCGCAGGCAAGCAUCUCUGGGCCCUAAAAUCUGCUAAAACUAGCAGGUGAAAGUACCAUGCUUUCCAUCAAAAAGCAAGUAAGAUUCAGCGCGCUCGGCAUCGCAACAGCCAGGCUGCUUUCCUCUGUCCCCACCGAGAACCCUGUCGUGUUUCUGGACAUUGAAGCGGACGGCGAGCCGCUGGGAAGAAUAAUCAUCCAGCUUAAUGCAGAUGUCGUGCCAAAGACUGCAGAGAACUUCAGGGCAUUGUGUACAGGAGAGCACGGCUUCGGAUACAAGAGCUCUGUGUUCCACAGGAUCAUACCAGAGUUCAUGUGUCAGGGAGGAGAUUUCACCAAACAUAACGGCACUGGAGGGAAAUCUAUAUAUGGGAAAACCUUCAAGGAUGAAAACUUUAAAUUAAAACACACGGGGGCAGGGAUUCUCUCAAUGGCCAACUCGGGACCAAACACCAACGCCUCUCAGUUCUUUAUCUGCACCACCAAAACGGAAUGGCUGGAUGGCAAACAUGUGGCGUUUGGUCAGGUGACGUCAGGUAUGGACGUGGUCACCAAAAUGGAGUCUUUUGGUUUGCACGACGGCGGCGUCAUCAAGAAGAUUGUGGUGUCGGAUUGCGGGCAAAUCAAAUAGUUUGUGCUCGUGAUGUACCGUAGUCCCUCAUUUAAGGCGGUUACUUGGUUCCAGUCCCGACCACCAUGAAUGAAUUUCCGCGAUAUAGGAUUUACUAUUAACAAAUAUUUUCAUAGUAAGAGCAUGGAAAACCUGUGUAUGACUUUCUAAAUACGGGCUUUAACAUGAUUAGAGCCCUGUAGACAUGAAAUAACACCCCUAUAGUCACCUUUACACUCCUAUUAGUCUUUGUUUACACCACAUUGCACAACUCUUAUCAAAUCAAAGUUUAUUUGUAUAGCACCUUACAACAUCCCAAUGGUUCCCAGGGUGCUUCACAAGAGGAAACACAGGUUAUAGCAAAUAAUAACAGGGUAAGAUCAAAUAAGAUAGAAUAAAAACAACUAAAACAAAAUAAAAAUACAUGCACAGAAUCACAAAAAAUAGAGUAAAAUACAUAUAAUCAUCAUGUGUCAAAAGUCCGUCUGAGUAAAUGAGAUUUAAAAACUGAUAACUCUGUAAUAGAUCAUAGUGCAAGUGGAAGGGAGUUCCAAAGUGUGGGGACAAACGCAGCAAAAGCGUGAUUCCCCCUAUUUUUUUGUAUUUCUUAUGCUGCAGGGACUCGAGACGACCAGAAGCUAGUGAGCUAACAAGCUAACCAGCAUGCCUCAAAUUUAUUUCUUGAGAAGACAAAAAUGUACCACUUCCACACGGAAUGGGAGGAUAACUUUUUUUCACUCAUGCCAUGGCUGACGUCAUGCAGUGUUCAGGUAAUGUCAUGUAAGCUAAUGUCUCAAUGGUUUGUGUCAUUACUGCCACCUAGUGACCACAAUACUCCACUACACUUGUAUUUCCAUAUGUUUGGACUACUAAUAGACCAUAGAGCUGGAGGUAGCAGAGAUGAAGAUGCUGAGGUUCUCUCUGGGAGUGACCAGGAAGGAUAGGAUCAGGAAUGAGUAUGUCAGAGGGACAGCACAUGUUAGAGGUUUUGGAGAUAAAGUCAGAGAGGACAUGUCCAGAGGAGAGAUAGGGAAUAUGUAGGUAGAAGGAUGCUAAGUUUGGAACUGCCAGGCAGGAGGCCUAGAGGAAGACCAAAGAGGAGGUUUAUGGAUGUAGUGAAAGAGGACAUGAAGGUAGUUGGUGUGAGAGAAGAGGAUGCAGAAGGUGGAGGCAAUUGAUUUGCUGUGGUGACCCCUGAAGGUAAAAGCCCAAAGGAGAAGAAGAAUAGACCAUAGUGGACCACCAUCAUUUAUUCAUAACUUCAUUUGUGGAAAACUGCGACAUAGCAAAGGAGCGAUAAUUGUACCGCAAUCCCUCGCCACUUCACAGUCUUUCAAAAAUAUAUUGAUGAAUAAAUCAUCACUGUUUUGUAGCUCAUUACAGUCUAUUAUUAGUAAAAAUUCAAAGAUGUGAUUUGGGAGGACCGAUAAUAUCGGCCCACCGAUAUUGCCAUAAUGUAAUAUUGGUCAAUAUCGGUAUCGGGUUUUUCCCUAUAAUGAAAACCGAUUUCAAGAAGUGCGUAUACAGGCCUGUGGGCUCCCGUAUGACGGCACAAAUGAUCUCAUCAAACCCACAUCGUGAAGCGUGUGAACAAGCCUUGGUGGCUACAGCAACAAGCUAGUUCGCUCCUGCCUAACGUUAUGCCUGUGGUGUCUCCUCCAGAUAUUAAACUCGCGAUUUGCAAUGACUGCAAAGCAUUGGUUAUGCGAGGCGGAACCAAGUCUUCUUUCUUCAGUACUUCCAAGUCCCAGGGCGAAAGCAUCCAUGGGCAAGUGCGUGUUUAACCAGCCCUUUUCUAGAGCAAGACGCCGCAUUCACCAAACGUGGAGUUCCUCGAGCCACGCGUGGCCGUGCCCGAUCACAAGUGUGUCACACAUAUCCGUGAUGUGAUGUCACACAUAUCCGUAUCGGUUGAUAUCCGAAUCAGAAAUUGAGAGCUGGACAAUAUCAGCAAAAAAUCCAGUAUGGAACAUCCCAAGUUGUGAUGAUAUGUAGUAUUGUACACUGGUCACUAGGUGUCAGUGAUGUUCCAUUGAUGAGACAAUAGCCACCACAGGAAGUACUGUACACAACAGGAAAUGGAAAACAUCUCCCAGUGCUAACGUGUGAGUCUAUAUUAUGUCAUAUUUGUGUCUUAUUUUCUCUUAUUAGGGGUGUUAUUUCACGUCUAGAGAGCUCUAAUGUUAAAAAAAGUGUAUUUUGAAUGUGGUAAACAGGUUUUCUCUGCUCUAACGAUGAAAAUAUUCCAUUUAUAAAUAAGGAAUCCUACUUUGCAGAACUUCACGGAUCACGAUCGGGUCUGCAAGCGAUUAGCCCGCAACAAACUAUGACUUUAUUGUUAUGAUGAAAACGGGAACUGUCUUCAUUGGUCUUGUGUGUUGACAAGGCCCUGCUUUUAUUGUGUAGUGUACAUCUUGUGCAACGCCAGGCCCUUUCCUGCCAAAUAAACUCCUGAUGUUCCCGC